CCAGCCGCCUUAUGGAGCCGCACGGGCCCGGCUGCCCCGGCAGCGUCCUCUUCGGUUGUGAGCUGACUGCCAGUACCAAAUCCUACACGUUUCAAGUGGAAGAGGAAGAUGACUCUGACCACAUUUUGGCCCUAUCUGUGGUCUGCCUCAUGGAUGGUGCCAAGGAUGAGUGCAAUGUGGUGGAGGUCGUUGGACGAAACCAUGAGAACCAGGAGAUUGCAGUGCCUGUGGCCAAUCUGAAGUUGUCGUGUCAGCCCUUGCUGAGUCUGGACAACUUCAAGCUGCAGCCUCCAGUGACCUUCCGCCUGGCAGCAGGCUCUGGCCCAGUACAUCUUGCUGGCUGGCACAGAACUGUGCCCAGGGAGGAUACUUUCUUUGAGGAGGAUGAUGACCUGUCUGACGAGGAGGAGGAGGAGCAGGAGCUUGCUCCUAUCAUGCCAGCCAAGAAGUGGAGGAGGAAGCAGUAGCUUAUCCAGGCAAGGUACUCACUGGGACUUCUCUCCCUGGAUGGCUUUUACCUCGGACACCUCUUGCCAGGACCUCAAAGUCUGCUGCUUCAUUUUGUUGUUUUAUUUGUUUAAUUUCUUUUUCUGUUGUCACUUUCUGGGGAGCAGGAGCUGCUCCCAGCACUGGGGUGACUCCUUUCUCACAGCCCUGGGAGGCUGAUCCCAAAACUGGAUGGAUGCUGCUGGUAUAUGUCCUCUCCCCCUCCCUGUGCUGG